AUGAGCCAUUUGACAUCUUUACCUGAUAAGGUUAUUAUAAGAAUAACAAGAUACCUUGAAUUACGAGAUAUCAUUGAACUAGGUAAAGCACACAAAAAGUUAUGUCAUUGUAUCUAUGCACAGCCCUCUGUUUGGACAAAGGAUAUUCUGUUUCCAGUCAAUGACCCUUCAAUCACUGAUCAGUUUAUUAAGCAAACAAUAACUAAAAUUACACGUAAUUACGGAAUUCUUGAUGUUCGAAUGGUUAACCUUCCUUUGACUUGGUUUGGUUACUUUUUAAUAUUUGAUCAGUUCGCUCAUUCACUCACUUCGAUUACUAUUCAAUCUGAUCAUCAACUCUUUAUGCAGCUAUGCCAUCAUUUGACCCGAUUCGCCACUGAUUUAGCCAUACUGCAACAAGAUAAUAAGAUACCAUGCACAUUCAGGGAGUACGCUCUUGAUCAGCCUAGCUCAAAAAACACGACUAAACUAGAACCAUUACCGACCACAUUACAUUAUAUCAAGCUGGAUGAUCCGCCGUUUGAAAGACUAGCUCAUAUCUCCAUAGCAACAACAACAACAACAAAAGCAACCAUAAAUGCAGAGCCAAGAAAUCAAGAAAUUAUAUAUCGAUUAGAGUCUUUAUUUAGUUUUUUAGCGGGUCAAUCUAUUCAUCCAACCAAACGAUCAAGGUCACCUUCUCCUCGUACAAGCAUCAGAAGGCACCAGUCGUCUUCUUCGUCCUCUCUUCCUGACACGUCAUGAAUGCUUAUUUGAUUGGUUGGUUAAUAAAGUUACAAUCUCCGUUUCAUCCUGUGAAGUUCAACUCUAUCAAAGCACAUAUACACACAUUUGCUGAUUAUUGUCACUUUUGUUAGUAUUUCUGUA